CUGGACUCUUGGGCGAACGCGUUUUAUAUAAUCCUAAUAAAAAACAUUACUAUGCAAUACGAGACUGAAGAACCGCGAAAUGGUACCUAUAUCCCUCCUCUGAAGAAUUAAUUUAUGUUUUUGUUGUCUUCGCUCGGUUACCAGUAUCAAACACAAAAUGCAAAGGUACUGUUGACCGGUUGCGCAGAGUGCCAUACACUUUCAAAUUUAAUUUGCGGCUCUUUUUAUGUGUGAAAGUUUUAUUUUGUUUCUACACGUGCUUACUUGUUUGUUUUCGUUAAAUUGUGCGUCUAAUAAUUGACCGAUCAUGCUUUUCAGGACUAAUUUGGUGCAACUGGUAAUCGUUGUUUUCGGAUAUUUUUUAGUUUCUGAUGGAUUAGAACAAAAAUCAAGAAUUAAACGACCAAGAGCGCCACCGCCCGAGCCAGAAAACGAUGUGGAUGGCGAUUUCGAUGAAAGAAAUAACGAAUUGAGUUCAAGCGUCGUGCCACCAGGAUUUUUGAGUCCGUCAGUUUUAGAGUAUUUGGAACUGGGAAAAUCUAUUCCAGGUCGUCCUGGAACCGACUAUCCAGUACUAGGUAUGGUACCUUACACGAAUUUCUACUGCGAUGAGCAACAGUACCCAGGAUUUUACGCCGAUCCGGAAACCCGCUGUCAAAGUUGGCAUUAUUGCGACAUCGACGGCAGGCAAACGUCGUUUUUGUGUCCCAACGGUACUCAGUUUAGUCAGUUGGUAUUCGUUUGCGAUUGGUGGUUUAAUGUUCGAUGUGAACUUAGUGAAAAGCUCUACGUAAUCAACAGCAGACUAUAUGGAAGACCUAAACUGGACCCUACGAAACCUCACAGAAGCAUCACUAAACAGUUACUAGAAGAUAUAUUUAAUGAUGAAGAAAGGCGUUGAUUUUGUAUGAAAGAAAUAAGUACAAUCAUAACUUGUUCUUGUUGAUUUGAUUUGUAUUUAUUACUCAUUUUUGUAUUAAAGAGGAGUGUUAUUGGAUAAUUGCAUUUGCAGUAGCUAUACUUUCUUUAAAGUUAAGUUGUGUAUUGUGUAUGCUGAAAAAAAAAGUUCUUGCUUUAAUUGAUUUGUCUUAACUUAUUCUUUAUUUUUGUGAUUUAUUCACUUUUGUGUCAUAUUCCAGCUUCUUACAGAAAGUGUAGUUAUCGCAAUCAGGUACCUAUUUCUUUUAAGCACAACAAUUUGGUACCGCUACUCAUAGUAUGAAUUUUGAUUGUUACGAAUUUAAUUGUAAGAUGCCAUUUUUUUCCCCAUUUUAGCUAUACCAUGUAUGUCCAGGAUGUAUCACAAAUACUUUGAUUAUUGUAUUGUUAUUGGGAAUGGAUUUUUUCUAAACCAUGAGAAAAACAUGCAAAAAUUAUAAACGAUUAGAAUAGCUCCAUCCAUACAAAAUUCAAACCCUUCUAACUGAUUUUUCACAAUUCAAAAAUAUACUUUUUUCAAAAAUUUGGAGUUAAGUAAAUGAAGUUAUUUGGUCCCAGCAAUGCAUUUCUACUAUCAUUAUCAGUACAGUAAUGAACGGAGUGAUAAAAAAUAUGCACCACUAAUAGCUUCUACCUAUGUAAAAUUUCCCGGAUUAUUAAAUCCCUUUCAUUUUUUUUAAUUGCAUUUUAUCGUGAUACACCCUGUGAAGAUUUGUGUUUUAUGUUCUAAUGCAAAUGUUUUAUUUUUAAUUAGGAUUUUAUAACCUUUUCAGCUAUUUUAUAUUAUCUUCUCAAUGCUAAGUAGGAAGUAGGAAGUUUGUUUGCCAUUUUAGUUAUAAAGACAAUAUAAAAUUGAGAAGAUUUUUGUAUUUUUUAAAGCAGGCUAAAAUCGUUUUUUCAUAUAGGCACACGGCGUUGCAACUCGAUGAUUUAAGACGAGCAAAUUUAGGUUUAUUUCACCUUUGUUUUAACAAAUUGUGCUCAAAAGAUAUCAUCACAAUAACGUAAGGAAGCAAAUUAAACAAUAGUUUCUUGAAGCUGAAAUACGAGAUUAAUAGCCGUCGUCGAGAACGAACAUAAAACAAAUAUCAAUUAUUUUAAGUACAGUACAAAUACGCACAGAAAUAAAACAAAGCAAGAAAAUACUGGAACAAGCACUUGAGAAAAAGGAGAAUUGAUUUGAAAAAAACGCGAAAUUAAACUCCAUGUCAUAAAGGUAGUCCUCCAAAACGCUAAAAAGAAUAAACAACAUCUAUGCCUAAAGAAGCAUGAAAUUUAUUAUCCUUAUAUUGAAAAAAACGAAGAAGAAAAAAAUGCCUAAAUUCGUUCGUCUAAUCGAGUUCUUCCAAUGAUGUAAUGCUUUUUAGAUCUUUUCUGCUCCAUAGCGCCAAACAGAGCAUAGGUAUAUUUUGUACUUUUAGAAUAAGCUUCAAUAUAGUAGCUAUAGGUUAGGACUUUUUGAUUUUUUUAGCUUGAGAUUGUAUUACAAUAAUACAUGUAUUCGAUUAUUAGAAUCUAAAUUCAUGUAUUGUGGUUUCUAGAUUUUCAAAAAUAAAAUGCUAGUCGGUUAGGCUAGAAUUAAAUAA